GGUGCAAUCCCUAAAGCGGCGUCGGCGACAUCAGACCGCAUGGCUAAGCCAGCGGCCUCUGAGGUGCGCCAUUCUGGCACUAAUGUAGCGAUGGGCAGUAGCCAUCCCCAGAAGCACAUUAGUGCAUCAGAAAGGUACUAUCGUACCAGACGGUCAGCCCUCAGAAUCCUGGAGAGACUGAGGGAUAAGAAGCCAGAAGAACUGACCGCAGAAGAGCUGGACUCAAGAAAUUGGGCCGAAAAGUUUAUGGCUGAACACCAGGCGAAAGCCAAACAAGAGUCUGCUCAAGGCAAGCGGAAGUCCUCUAGGGAGCUAAGCUCGGAACCCAAGAGAACAAGGGUAUCCGCCUUUUUAACAGCGGACGAGCUGCAGAAAAGAUCCUUCGCGGACGCGGCGAAGGACACAUUUACCAGGGCUGUGAUAGACCGCAGCUCACUUGAUGGUGCAAUAUCACCACAAAACUGGGACCUGGUCAACAGGCGACUCUGGGCCGUCUAUAAGGAGGUUCUAGGGGAAAACCCAGGACCACCCCCCAGUUGUGCGGACGCCGGUUGGUUCCAAAACCGCGUCAAAUUAACAAGGUGCGCGGACCAGAGAUCCGUCGACCUAUACACCCUGGCCAUCAGUCGCGUAGGCGAGGUCUGGCAGGGUGCACGCCUUGAGGCGAUAAAGCGAGAAGACAUUCCCAAUCGGCCCAGAUCCAGGGCCUGGAUUCCAGACUUCCACACCGACCCACAGGAAGUGCUGGAAUGGAUACGUAUGGGCAACCCCGAGCUACCCACCCACGACUGGAAGGUAGCAAAGAUAGGCGAUGUCGAUGGCAAGCGAAGGUUAGCGGUAAUAGUCCUCAACGAGGAAUCAGUAGAACCGCUAGCCAACCAAAACUGGAGGAUAAAUUAUGGCUUCCAAGCCUUGAACCUCCGUGUUUAUCGGCAGGACGUGUCAGGGAAACAACACCCUACCGACGAAGCGAGCGCAGUGGAAAGUGCUACUGACGACGAAGUGGCAUCCACCUCCGGAAUGGUCGGCGAACUCUUCGAGAGGGUGACUCUAGAAGAGGGGGCGGGGGACCACUCCGACUUUUCCGACACCAUGGUGGAAGGAAAAGGGGAGGAUAUCCUCCCCCUUUCUGACGAAGAGGACGUCAACCGGACUGUGGUUGGCUGUCCAGCAGCAGCACGCGAAACUGAUGGUGGGGAUAGUUCAGAUUAAUCUCCACCACUGCAAGGCGGCCUCAGCCGCACUUCUCCUCCGUCUCGCCGAAAGAGAAGAGGAGAUCGCACUCAUCCAGGAGCCUUGGGUCAUAAAAGAUCGGGUUUGUGGAUUGAAUAUGAAGGGAUACAAGCUGUUCUAUGUAACUGACAAAGUUUAGCGAUGCGGACAACGUCAUCAUAGCAGUGGAAUCAGGCGGAAUGUCUAUUUGGCUGGCUUCCACAUAUAUGGCCCACGACGCAGAAACAUUACCUCCACCACAAUCCUUAAGGAGCGCGGUAAUGGAGGCCUCUAGACGCGGCACUCCGAUGGUCAUAGGAGCGGACGCGAAUG